AACCGGGCUAUGGGUGGUAAAGAUGAGGAUGAUGAUUCUGACAAAUCCAAGUCUGAGGUUAACAACGAGGAGGACAGUGAUGAUGAGGUGGAGGACGAUGACUAAGUUAGAAAAUCAGAAAAAAGGAUUCGCCUGUUGACAGUUUGUUUCUAUAGAAGGCAAUGAAGGAUAAGAUGAUUACCAUAGAAGAAGUGCAGCAGUGUUUAGAUGAUCUUGAUGAAACAAGCACUUCACAAAAGCAGGUAGAAAAAGUCUUAGUUCCACCAUAUUACGAAGACUUUGAUGAAGAUAUUGAAGACGAGUUGGAUAAACUCAUGGAUGAAAGUAGAAACACAUCAGCAGAUGGUGCCGCAAGGGAACAUGAAACCACCUCGGGAACAGCUGAAUCGCUGAGUAACACCCUCUCAGCUCUUAAGCUUGCAGAUAAUGAUGUGACCGUAAGGGAACCAACAGAAGUAUCAAAUGUAUCAAAGGUUCUUGAGCUUACACAUUCCUGAUGAUUGAUGAUUAUCCUCCAUUUGUACAACUUACAUGUACUACAAAAAAAUGCCCUUGAUGUAUUUACAUCGCGUGUAGUGUUUAGCUUCAAUGAGUUGUUAAAGAGUGUUUCGGAUUGUCUAUUAAAACUGUAGUGUGAUAAUAAGGCAAAACUCUUGUGAUCUAAACUCAAGUCUGGGGACGCUUUUGCAGCGAAAAGGAACAUGUUCUAUCG